AUUUAAAAUAACAGCAAUUCACAAUAGUGGUUAUUGAGAACCAACACAAUACAGUACAUCAGCUGUCAAAAGUUUUUAUUGGAGCCGCUUAUAAAAAUUAUUUUCGUUUUAGAAUAAAGUUGUUAUAUUAUACAAUAUAAAAAAACAAUGACGACUACCACCGAAUCUUUGGUUAAUAAAUUGCAAGAAAUAUCAAUUGAUGAAUUAGCUGCCAGACACCGCCGAGAAAAAAAAGAGCUACAGGCUAAAAUACAAGAAAUGAAAAAGUGUGCAAAAAACGAUAAAAAGAAACGUAAGGAAUUAUUGGAAGAAAUCACUCGAUUGGAAAAUCAUUUAAUACAGCGACAACAGCAGGAGUUGAUGCUGUCACAGCAAAUAUUGCAAGAACAAAAUCAAAUCCUUUUGCUUAAUGAAAAUCACAACACUGAAGAGCUCGUGGACAAUAAAGAAAAUGCAGAAGAUGAGGAAAAACCAGAACGUAUUUCUAAAGCUCAAAAACGGCGGAAUAAAAAAGCAAACGAAGCACGUCAACGAGAAGAGGAUAUACUUGCUGCCAGCAAAGACGCGAAAAACGAACCCAAAGCGGUGGAGCAACGAAAGUUAGUAGCAAAACUGAAAGAAAUGGAUUUGAUGAUUUUUGAAGUGCCAUCAGAUGGAGACUGCCUAUACAAUGCCAUUCGUCAUCAACUUGGUUUGCAUGAUUUACAUGGUUUUACCGUUGAUGAACUUCGUGAAGAAACUGCCAAAUACAUACGUGAAAAUAAGGAUACACUUAUAUGCUUCAUGACUGACCCACAUACCGGAAAUCUAUUGGACGAUGAACAAUUCGAACACUACUGUAAGUCUGUGCAAAGCACACCUGCCUGGGGUGGUCAUAUUGAGUUAAAGGCUCUGUCAUCUGUACUUGAAAUACCAAUCGAAGUUAUUCAAGCUGAAGGUUCAAAUACGGUACAGGGAAACGAAUUCAAAGGUCCAAAGUUAACAAUAACUUACCACCGACAUAUGUAUAGUCUAGGCGAACAUUAUAACUCAACGGUGGCGUUGCUUUUGGAAGAACAUACGGAUGAUGAAUAAAUACUGCAUUUAAAACAUAUUUAAUAAAAUUGUUACGAAUUUUUAAGGCUCCUAAAAUACAAGAACUAAAGUUUUUUAUUUUUAUGAUCCAAAGUGUUCCAAUUGGUGUGGACAAUGCCAAAAAAAAGUCAAAAUUUAAUUAUAAAAGAAACUUUGUUUCAUCAACGUACGUAUCCUUAAAAUCAUUUCAUAUACUGCUUAAAUAAAUACGCAAGUUGUAAUAAAUUCAAUUUAUGAAUAAAAAUUCAAUUUUUUAUAAAAUAAAAUUUCUCAAUUUUAGUUAUGAUGUGGCGGUGCAUCUCCACAGAGCUACAUAUGCGGCUUUGUAACAAAACUAUAGUAAUUUAUAUAAAUAUACAUCAUUUUUAAAAUGUAUUUU